AUCAUUUAUUUUUAUAUAGGUUGAACCACUAUUUAUCAGUUCAAAGCACUCAGUACCAGUUGCAGUUUCCAGCGGUUAAGAUCUCUUCCAACUGACUGACAGUCGUCAUGGCAACCAAAUGGAUUUGGACCACCGCCAAUGGCCCCCAUCCCCCGAACAUGGUCCCCGGAGGACAGGACAGCGACGGAUGCACCAUCUACGUUGGCCGGGCACAUCAUUCCGGUGAUUUGCUGCCGGCCAAGGUGAUUCCCGCGAAAAAUGCCGCCUACGUGGCGUACGGGGGUGGAGAACAUUUCGUGGACGGCUUCGAGGUGCUCUGCCAAAAGGAACUGAUCUGGGAUAAUGCUCACGGAGGCAUCAUUCCUCCGGAUGCCAUCUGCGGAGGAAAUACGGCCGACGGAGAGCCACUGUAUGUGGGACGGGCUUACCAUGAGGGAUCCCAAACCGUGGGAAAGGUUCAGUCUUCCCAUGGAUGUGUCUACAUACCGUACGGUGGUGCGGAAGUAGCUGUCCACUCGUACGAAGUGUUGUGUGAACGGUAAAACACCUGCGUGGUUUCUUUUUUUAUGUUGGAUAGGAAGUAGCUCUAUAAUUCCGCCCUUCAACAACUGACUCAUUAAUAGUCGAACUGUGACUAUUCAAAGUUAAUAUAAAUAUUAUUUUUGUUUCUCAUCGAA